AUGAAGAAGUCAGGCCCAGAGGAGGCAGAAAAUCCCAACGAGCCUGGCCCAGGCACCCCCGACAACAGACUGGGCUCGAAGCCCCCGCAGCCCAAGAGCCGGAGUCGCCUCCCCGGCAGGUGCGAUUCUGAGGAGUCUUCCACGAUGGACUCCUCCUAUCAGGAAGGAGAGCUGGCUCCAUGCCCCAUCAUUAAGUUCAGCCCCAUGGUGGAAAGGCCACGGGGUAACGAUCAGUCUGACGCGCAGCUGUCUCAGGAUUCCAUUCCUACCAACUCAGAAAAACCCCUCAAGCUCUACGACCGCAGGAAGAUCUUUGAGGCUGUGGCCCAGGGCAGCUGUGAGGAGCUCAGCGACCUGCUGGUCUACCUCCAGAGGAGCCAGAGGAAACUCACAGACAGUGAGUUCAAAGACCCAGAAACAGGGAAGACCUGCCUGCUCAAGGCCAUGCUAAACCUACAGGAGGGCAAGAAUGAGACCAUCCCCCUCCUUCUGGAGGUCGCCAGGCAGACGGGCAGCCUGGAGGAGUUUGUGAAUGCCAGCUACGUAGACAGCUACUAUAAGGGCCAGACGGCUCUCCACAUUGCUAUCGAGAGACGGAACAUGGCCCUGGUGACCCUCCUGGUGGAAAAUGGUGCCGACGUCCAUGCUGCAGCCCACGGAGACUUCUUUAAGAAAACCAAAGGAAGACCUGGCUUUUAUUUUGGCGAGCUGCCUCUCUCUCUGGCGGCCUGCACCAACCAGCUGGGCAUCGUGCAGUACCUGCUCCAGAAUCCCCACCAGACCGCAGACAUCGAGGCCAAGGACUCCGUGGGCAACACCGUCCUCCACGCCCUGGUGGAGGUGGCAGACAACACCGCGGAGAACACCAAGUUUGUGACAAGCAUGUACAACGAUCUCCUGAUCCUCGGCACCAAGAGUCACCCCACCCUGAAGCUGGAGGAGAUUACCAACAAGAAGGGGCUCACGCCUCUGGCGCUAGCUGCCAAGAGCGGGAAGAUCGGGGUGCUGGCCUAUAUUCUCCGAAGAGAAAUCCAAGAGCCCGAGUGCAGACACCUCUCCCGAAAGUUUACCGAGUGGGCCUAUGGGCCGGUACAUUCUUCUCUCUACGAUCUGUCCUGCAUAGACACGUGCGAGAAGAACUCUGUACUGGAGGUGAUUGCCUACAGCAGCAGUGAGACCCCAAACCGCCACGACAUGCUGCUGGUAGAGCCCCUGAACCGUCUACUGCAGGACAAGUGGGACCGAUUUGUGAAACGCAUCUUCUAUUUCAAUUUCUUUGUCUAUUCCGUGUACAUGGUAGUCUUCACAUGUGCUGCCUACCACCGGCCUGUGGGUGGCUUGCCUCCUUUUACAUUUGACUAUACCACUGGCGCCUAUUUCCGAGUCACAGGAGAGCUGCUCUCGGUUCUAGGGGGAAUCUAUUUCUUUUUCCGAGGGAUUCAGUACUUUCUACACCGGAGGCCUUCCCUCAAGACUCUGUUUGUGGACAGCUACAGCGAGGUGCUCUUUUUUGUCCAGUCCGUGUUUCUCCUGAUCUCCGUUGCACUAUACUUCAGCCGUUGCAAGGAAUAUGUGGCCUCCAUGGUGUUCUCUCUGGCGAUAGGCUGGACCAACAUGCUUUACUAUACCCGAGGCUUUCAGCAGAUGGGGAUUUACUCAGUCAUGAUUGAGAAGAUGAUCUUGAGAGACCUGUGCCGCUUUAUGUUUGUCUAUAUGGUCUUCCUGUUUGGAUUUUCCACCGCGGUGGUGACGCUGAUCGAGGAUGGACAGAACAGCACAGAGACUGCCUGCCAUGGGGGGCGUCGAUCUACCAGCUGCAAGCCAUGCACCAGCUCCUACAACAGCCUGUAUUCCACAUGCCUGGAGCUCUUCAAGUUCACCAUUGGCAUGGGGGACCUGGAGUUCACUGAGAACUACGACUUCAAGGCGGUCUUCAUCAUCCUCCUGCUGGCCUACGUCAUCCUGACCUACAUCCUGCUGCUCAACAUGCUCAUCGCCCUGAUGGGGGAGACCGUCAAUAAGAUCGCCCAGGAGAGCAAAAACAUCUGGAAGCUCCAGAGAGCCAUCACCAUCCUGGACACUGAGAAGAGCUUUCUGAACUGCAUGAGGAAGGCCUUCCGGUCAGGAAAGCUAGUGCAGGUGGGCUACACACCUGAUGGGAGAGAAGACUACAGGUGGUGCUUCCGAGUUGAUGAGAUCAAUUGGACCACUUGGAACACCAACCUGGGCAUCAUCAAUGAGGACCCUGGAAACUGUGAAGGGAUCAAGCGUACCUUAAGUUUUAAUCUACGGUCCAGUCGAGUUUCAGGAAAACACUGGAAGAAUUUUCCUCUGGUUCCACUUUUGAGAGAUGGCUCAAGCCGAGAUAGGCGCUCCAACCCCCCGGAAGAAGUGCGCCUGAGGCCCUUCUCGGGGUCUCUCAGGCCUGAGGAUGCCGAAGUAUUUAAGGACCCCCAGGUUUUGGGCUCUGAGUGAUGACCAUGGUCCAGGCCUCCG